AUGGACGAUUUACUUAAAAAUGGCAAUGUAAGUACUAUCCAACGUGCGAGUGAUCUCCUUGUGUCGGUCUCAGUUUGUGCUGAGACACACAAGGCAAAAAUAAUACGUCAAUCUUUGGCAGCAAGUGAAGAGCUAAAGCAAAUGGCACAAGAACGAGAACCGUUAUGGGUUUUUGAUCUAGACAGGAGUCUCGAGGUUCUGAAUUGCACCGAGUACAAUCGAAGAUUUGCAUCGCUCGAUCCAACUUUGGAGGAGAUAAUCAGAGUGAUUACAAUGGGAGGAUGGCCUGCAGAGCUUCCAAACUUCAAUGAAAAUAUAGAAAUUAUUCAAACUGAAAGUGGAUGCACACAGCCCUGUGAAUCUGAAGCAUCUAGGGCAAUUGGGGUUGUUUCCAGCAAUCCAAUUAGCGUUGUCAAUAUGUUCAUGGAUGUGAUGGUGGCAGAGUUUCAUGUUCCUUCUCCACUUGUUCGGGGUCGGGAGAUGUAUUUUGCAAGGAGCUGUAGGCAGCUGGAUUUCGACACUUGGAUAGUAGCUGAUGUUUCUUUGGAGAAUAUUUUUCCGAACCCAGCGGUAAAAUGUCAAAGAAGGCCAUCAGGCUGUCUAAUUCAAACACUUCAAGAAGGAUUAUCCAUGGUUACUUGGGUGGAACACAAUGCAGUAUGUAAUAAUCUGGUUCAUGAUAUGUUUAUUAAACCCGUCUUUGCAUUCGGCGCAAAGCGCUGGAUUUCAUCAUUAGAGAGGCAAUGCGACAGAAAUGCAACAUUAUUAAUGCACAACAAAGGUACCGAUUUUCAUCCUCUCUUCUCAAGAGUCCGACUCGGAGUAUCUGGGAUCAGUCUAUUAAAUUUGGCAGAAAGAAUGGUUAGAAGCUUUAAUGCCAAUAUUUGCUCAAACCAAGAAAAUAAAUGGAGACAAUUACCUAUAGAAGGUGCACAAGACAUCCUAAUCAAAACAAGCCUUAACGUUGAUAAUCCAGGGGUACCUCGCGGUGUCUCAGUAACAAUUGCAACUUCGUUACAUCUCCAUGUUCGACAGAGAGAUGUUUUCGACUUUCUUCGCUGUGAUCAAAAUCGAAACAAGUGGGAUAUACUCUCCUAUGGCUUGACAAUUCGAGACAUUAUACAAAUUUCUUCUGCUCGCAACUCAACAGAUUGCGUAUCAGUGGUUUUAGUGGAGCCAACAGAAAACAGAAAGGCAGUUUCAUACUUGCACGAAAGUUUCUACGAUUCAACAGGCUAUUAUGUAGUAUACGCGCCUAUUGACAUCUCUGCAAUGGAUCAUAUUAUGGAAGGCAAAAACUCAGAUAAUGUUUCAAUAUUAGGAUCAGGAUUUGCAGUCCUCCCUGGGAAAAGUGAUAAGGAAAGCAUACUCACUAUUGGAUUUCAGAUUAUGGAUGAAGAGCUAACGAUGCCUGAGGACCUGCCACCACAAUCAGUGUUAACAGCACACAGCCUCAUGAAAGAAACUAUUUCUCUUAUUGAGCCUGCAAUCAUAUCCUGA